UUGGAGUAAGCAUUGCUAUUUUGCAGGUCUAUCAUAAUGAAAGGAAGUAACUCUUUCCUUGUUGCUUUUGCCCUCUUGGGCUUUGCUUGCUCAUUAGCCUCAGCCUUUGACCCUGAUCCUCUCCAGGACUUUUGUGUGGCUCUCAAGGACACUGAGAAUGGUGUGUUUGUAAAUGGGAAGUUCUGCAAGGACCCAAAGCUCGCAGUAGCAGAUGACUUCUUCUUUUCUGGCCUCAACAAGCCAGGAAACACAUCAAAUCUAGUUGGAUCAAAUGUCACUACUGUCAAUGUUGACCAAAUACCAGGACUUAACACUCUUGGCAUAUCUUUGGCAAGACUUGACUUUGCACCUUAUGGUGGUCUUAACCCUCCUCACAUUCACCCCCGAGGAACUGAGAUCCUAGUUGUUGUAGAGGGCACACUUUAUGUUGGCUUUGUUACAUCCAACCCAGAUAACCGUCUCUUCACUAAAAUCCUUAAUCCUGGAGAUGUUUUUGUUUUCCCAAUUGGUUUGAUUCACUUCCAGUUCAAUAUAGGGCAAACUAAUGCUGUUGCAUUCGCCGGUCUCAGCAGCCAAAAUGCUGGGGUUAUCACUAUUGCUAAUGCAGUCUUUGGCUCAAACCCACCAAUCAAUCCGGAUGUUCUCACAAAGGCUUUCCAGUUGGACAAGAAUGUGGUUACCUAUCUUCAGUCCCGGUUCUGGUCAGAUUAAAAUGUAACUUAAGAGCCAAAAUAAAACCCCAGCAGUUUGUUGUUUGUUUUGAAUAAUGUUUUCAUACUGUUUACUCAUUAAAGUCGUAUUAUUAUUCUUAGUAUCAUACAAUAAACAGGUUGGUUGAUAAUGUAGCUUCCCAGAGUCCAGUCUCCUCUCUCCUUGUGAUCAUUCUGUAUGUGCAAAUUGGAAUAUAUAGUGCAAUUUUUACUCUCUCUCCUUCUCUUGUGCGAACAUUUAUGCUUAUAUGUGUAUGCAAGGUCCAAAGCAGGAC